UAAAAGGUCCAUGCAUGUCAAAUCCUCAAUAGUCUAAUUACACUAACUUAAACCUCACUCUCCAUUUGAAUUCUCUUUCAAGAUAAAAAAAAUAUAUAUAUAUUUCCGAAUUGAAUCUCAGUAUGAUUGAAGAUUAGCUGAAUGGAAGCGUCAUUAAUCGGCAACAUCUUGUAGCCCAUGAUGACGAGAAGCGCAUUUUCCCCUCCCAACAAUUCUCCUUCUUCCAGUCUCCGUCGUUUCAAUAAUUCCGGCACCUCUCCGAUCUGCAGUUUUUCCUGAAUCAAUAAUAAUGGAUUUUUAUCACCGCCCCAACAGGUUAUUUCUGGAGACCCGACCCGGAAAUGAAAGCAGCAGAACGCCGCACCGGAAUGGGUAUUCAAAUGAAGCGAGCUUCGAUACGAACAUGGUGAUUAUCUUGGCGGCGCUGCUGUGUGCUCUGCUAUGUGCGCUAGGGCUCAAUUCGAUUGUGAGGUGUGCUGUGCGGUUUAGCAGGCGGUUUGGUUUGGAUUCGGAGGGCGAGGCGGGAGGCGGGCUGAAGAAGAGCAGUUUGAAGGAGAUUCCGGUGGCGGUUUACGGGUCGGGGGUUAAUAUUCCGGCGACGGAUUGCCCGAUUUGUCUCGGGGAGUUUGUGGAUGGGGAGAAGGUUAGGGUUUUGCCUAAAUGUCACCAUGGGUUUCACGUGCGGUGUAUUGAUGUGUGGCUGGCGGCGCACCCCUCGUGCCCGACGUGCCGGCAGUCGUUGAUUGAACAGCCUCCGCCGUCUGAUGCGGCGGCGGAUGUUGAGGCUGGGUAAGAUUCUUAAACCGGAGAGUUUCAACUCCGAUGGGAGAGCCGAGGAAUUUGGGGAUUCUGUUUAAUUUUCCGCCGCCGGCGGGCAAUCAAAGUGCUGCAGAUUUUGUUUAUUGGUUCUUGUUGAAAAAACUAGAGAUAGAAAGGUAGGAAUGCGUCCUGAAUUUGGCUUUUGGAUUUUUUUUUUCUUUUUUUGGGUCAUGUACUGAUUGUGGUGUGAGUUUGUUGCAUAAAUUCUACAAAUUAUUCAACAAAGUUAAGGAAACCUGUAUUGUCACCCUAACUGCAUAAGAUCAAUACAUGAACUAGCAUUUGUUAAGGUU